AUGCCAGACGGAUACUUCACGGAACAGGGUUUUGACUUUGACCUGGAGCAAAGUCGAUCUUCGGCUGAUUUGGCUCAAAAUUUGGAGCCUCUCUCUGCCUCUCCAACAAGGACCAGAAGAUCAUUUUCGAUCUCUAAAUUUUUGACAUCAAAAGACUCUAGAACUCAUGCAUCUAACAAGAGUAUAUUCACCACAGCCAAAGGAUCUAGAGUCAAAGCGCCAGAAAAACCAGACGCCCCUGGAUGGUACAAAUCUUGGAGGUCGCUCAACACCCUCUUCAGAACAAAGAAAAAGUCCAAGCCCGACCAAAACGUUGGAACCAACAAGACUGAACAUUAUGAACAUGACUCUGCGUCAUCAGAACAAGAACUAUCUUGCUAUAAUGCAUACAAGAGCGAAGACCUUCAAAUUUCUCUGAGCUCAUUGAGGAGUCUUGUUGAUCCUGAACUUUUACAGAAAACAACUGCAAGAGUUGUUCAUGACAAGACAAUAGUGGUCGAUAAAUCUGAUGUAAAAGUAAAGAAGAGGAUAUUACAACAAACGAAUAACGGUUCGACGGAGCAUGCUUCCAUUCAUUUGCGGGGAUCGAAAAUCCCCUUUGAUCAAGCUUGCCUUGAUUCACAAAUCAAACUGAAAAAGAUGGACACUGACCAAAACUUGAUAACGGACGGAAGUACUCUCGACUGUGAAUGUGCCCAUUUAGAAGAUUCAUCUCCAAAAGGCGAACGUCUUAUUCCACAAGAAAUCUCAUUCCGGGGACAAAAACUGAUAAACUGUGCUCCCGAAAUUUAUCUAAAUUCGGAUCUGAUUGGGCUAUUUGACACCCUAAAAUUGAAAACAGAACAACAGGACAGCAAAUUUUAUGUAGCUGAAGAUCAAGGAUCUUUGAACUUUCCCGAUUUUGAAAUACAAUCUCAGAUUAGCAAUGGAGAUGUGAACGAAAACUCUUUCGACGAAAACACAACAAAUGGACCACUUAGUUCUUUCGUUGAGGACCAACCAAGAAAGGGCCUCAGUAUUGCAGAGGUAGACACAUUGGAGCUACCAUAUUCAGCACAAGAUAAGCCGUUAUCCUCCUUUGGUAAGUAG